ACCGGCUUCGGCAGCCCGCUGCAGUACUCGGCCGACGCGGCCGCCGCCGCCGCCGGCUUCCCGUCCUACAUGGGCGCGCCCUACGACGCGCACACGACUGGGAUGACCGGCGCUAUCAGCUACCACCCUUAUGGGAGCGCGGCCUACCCCUACCAGCUCAACGACCCGGCAUACCGCAAGAACGCCACGCGUGACGCCACGGCCACGCUGAAGGCCUGGCUGCAGGAGCACCGCAAGAACCCCUACCCCACCAAGGGCGAGAAGAUCAUGCUGGCCAUCAUCACCAAGAUGACCCUCACGCAGGUCUCCACCUGGUUCGCCAACGCGCGCCGGCGCCUCAAGAAGGAGAACAAGAUGACGUGGGCGCCCAGGAACAAAAGCGAGGACGAGGACGAGGAGGACGGCGACGCGGCGCGGAGCAAGGACGACAGUCCGGACAAGACACAGGAGGGCACGGAGACCUCGGCAGAGGACGAAGGGAUCAGCCUGCAUGUGGACUCGCUCACGGAUCACUCGUGCUCGGCCGAGUCGGACGGGGAGAAGCUGCCUUGCCGCGCCGGGGACCCCCUGUGCGAGUCGGGCUCGGAGUGCAAGGACAAGUACGACGACCUGGAGGACGACGAAGACGACGAGGAGGACGAAUGCGAGCGGGACCUGGCUCCGCCCAAGCCCGUGACCUCCUCGCCGCUCACCGGCGUGGAGGCGCCGCUGCUGAGCCCCGCGCCCGAGGCCGCGCCCCGCAAGACACCCCUGGGCAGCCGGACGUCGCCGGGCGCGCCGCCGCCCGCCAGCAAGCCCAAGCUGUGGUCGCUGGCCGAGAUCGCCACGUCGGACCUCAAACAGCCGAGCCUGGGCCCGGGCUGUGCGCCCCCGGGGCUGCCCGCCGCUGCUGCGCCCGCCUCGACUGGGGCCACCCCGGGCGGCUCGCCCUACCCGGCCUCGCCGCUGCUGGGCCGCCACCUCUACUACACGGCGCCCUUCUACGGCAACUACACAAACUACGGGAACUUGAACGCGGCGCUGCAGGGCCAGGGCCUCCUGCGCUACAACGCGGCGGCCGCGGCCCCCAGCGAGGCGCUGCACGCGGCGCCCAAGCCGGCCAGCGACGCGGGCAAGGCGGGCGCGCACCCGCUGGAGCCGCACUACCGGCCCCCGGGCGGCGGCUACGAGCCCAAGAAAGAUGCCAGCGAGGGCUGCACGGUGGCCGGCGCAGGCGUCCAGCCCUACCUAUAGAAGGGCCGAGCUCCGCAAUGCAAGUAGGUGUCACAAUUGCUUUGGAAAAAAAAAAAAAGUCAGCAGGCCAUUCUCUCUUCCCAAGCUCAUAAAUACACAGAUACAAAAACCAGAUCUCUAAAUCCGGACCGUAUCUUGUGCCACUGUAAACGCGAAGACCCACAGAGCACUGUCAGCCACAGACCCUAAGGACUGCAGCACACUGUCGUGGACGUAUGUGAACUUGUUGGCAUAGUAUAGCUUCCCCCAUGUACGUGUGACUUUUGAAAACAAUCUGUUUCUUCUCAGGAUAUCUUGAAUUGAUCACUUCAUUGCCACGGUAUAUAUUCUAUAGGUGUGAUAGGAUUUACUGUAAAAUUUAUUUGUAAAAGAUGUACACAGUAGAAAUAAAACGUGAUUGAAGAACUUGAGUACUUCACAAGUGAAAACAAAUUUGAUAUUUAUUUUUAUAAUGAUAUAAAGCUUCUAGUAAUUUAUGCAAGUUGUAUUGCAAUGGAAUCUAAACUUUUUGUAAAUAAAUUCUGCCUGGUUUUUAUUUGAACAUUGCUGGUUAUACAAUCUUUGUUGGUUGUUUAACAUGAAUUCUUUACUAAUUUAUAUCUUAAAUUGUAAAUAAAAACAGACUAGUCUACAAUAA